AUGCCUUCAACUACAACCCAUACUAGCUCUAAGAGCUCUGGCACUAAAGGCGCAUCUCUCAGUCCACCAUCUGUCAUCCCACCCUCAGUCUCCAUGUCUACACUUCAAGCUAUGAUCAUGGCCAUUAUGCUGAGCCAGACUGAUCUGGACAAGAUCAAAAAUUACCUCUUACUCAAACAUGGAGGGGGGUAUAUUCUCAGACUAGUUGCUUGCCCUGACCCUUCACUGGAUCCCUCCAGUGCGGGGCAUUGGGAUCUCAACAACUUGUGUAUCAUGGCUGCCUUACACACCCAUUCCAGUUCUGAAGAACAAGAAUUCCUUUGUGGAUACACCAAUGCUCACCUAGCAUGGGAUGCCCUCAAAUCAUGUCAUGAGAAGGUUGGACCCAUUGCCCAGAUUCUCCUUAUUCAACAAGCAUUGGUGAUCAAUAUUCCCAAGGAAGAAGACUUCCUCACCAUUAUGAUGCUCAAUGCUAUGGCUGAGGAUCUUCCACACAUCCAGAAUCAUAUCACUGAUGCUCUCACCACCAGCACUAUCACUAACCCUUAUGGUCCUUCCCACAUCCACUCUCGCCUUGAUGUUGAGCAACAGUUGCUUGACACUGCGAAAUCCAAGAGUGGUGAUGUGGCCUUAGCUGCCACCAGUAAGGGGGGUAGUCAUUAUGAACACAGUUCUUGUGGUACCUGUGGCAACUCCAGUCACUCAAUGAGAGACUGCUUCAGCAAAGGAGGUGCUAUGAAGGGGAAACAAGAGGAAGUGUUGGCACAUAGAUGUGCAGCUUGUGAGGCUAAGGGACAGCCUGCAGUAACGCAACCAGUAUGCCUAUUGAUCUUUCUCCCGUCCCACCUAAGUGUGAUGCUUGCAUCCUUGGCAAACAGACACAUUCUAGCAUUCCCAAGUCGCAUCAGGGUGUCAGAGCAGGCAGAAAGUUGGGUGUCAUACAUGUGGACUUGA